AUGGAUGGUGCUAUGACCUUGCACGCUGGCACCCUCUUCGCUUCUCUCUUCCUCCUGCUGCUGCCGCUGCUCGCGCUCAUGGAAGCCGCCCGGUGCCGCCGCCGUCGAGGCGAGACGACGCAGCAGCCGCCGGAGCCCGCGGGUCUCCCGCUCGUCGGCCACCUGCACCUCUUCAAGAAGCCGCUGCACCGCACCCUCGCGCGCCUGGCCGCGCGCCACGGCCACGUGUUCGGGCUCCGCCUGGGCUCCCGCCGCGUCGCCGUCGUGUCGUCGGCCGCCGCCGCGGAGGAGUGCCUCGGCGCGCACGACGCCGCGUUCGCCGACCGGCCGCGGCUGCCGUCCGGCGGGAUCCUCUCGUACGGCUGGUCCACCAUGGGCACCGCCAACUACGGCGCCUACUGGCGCCACGUCCGCCGCAUCGCCGUCACCGAGAUCAUGUCCGCGCAGCGGGUGCACCACUUCGCCGACGUCCACGUCCGCGAGGCGCGCGCCAUGGCGCGCCACCUCUACCGCGCGGCGGCUCGCCAUGGCGCUGCGGCGCCGGCGCGCGCGCGGGUGGAGCUCAAGUCGCGGCUGUUCGAGCUGCUCAUGAACACCAUGAUGGCCAUGAUCUGCGACAAAACCUACUACGGCACGGAGGACGACGAGGACGAGGUGAGCGAGGAGGCGAGGUGGUUCAGGGCGAUGGUGGAGGAGACGAUGGCGCUGAGCGGCGCGUCGACGGUGUGGGACUUCCUGCCGGCGGCGCUCCGGUGGCUGGACGUGGGAGGGGUGGGGCGGCGGCUGUGGCGGCUGCGCGAGGGCCGGACGAGGUUCCUGCAGGGGCUGAUCGACGACCAGAGGAAGGAGAUGGAGCAGCGUAGCACGGCGGCUGCCGCCGGCGACGAGCGGAGACGGAGGACCAUGAUCGGCGUGCUGCUGUCGGUGCAGAAGAAGGACCCGGACGCGUGCCCCGACCAGCUCAUCCGCUCAUUAUGCAUCAGUUCCCUUGAAGCUGGAACAGAUACCUCAGCGGACACGAUCGAGUGGGCGAUGUCUCUCCUACUAAACAACCCAGACGUGAUGAGAAAAGCACGCGAGGAGAUCGACGCGUGCAUAGGGCAGCCGGUGAGGCUGUUGGACGCAGGUGAUCUCACCAAGCUACGGUACCUCCAGUGCAUUAUCAUGGAGACGCUCCGCCUGUACCCGCCGGCGCCACUUCUCGUGCCCCAUGAAGCGUCCACUGAUUGCACCGUUGCUGGCUUCCAUGUUGCCCAUGGGACAAUGCUUCUUGUGAACACAUUUGCCAUUCAGAGAGACCCUCAAGUAUGGGAUCAACCAACAAGCUUCAUCCCAGAAAGAUUUGAGGACGGAAGAAACAAAGGAAAGAUGACCAUCCCAUUUGGUAUGGGAAGACGCAGGUGCCCCGCGGAGAACUUGGGGAUGCAAAUGGUAGGCCUUGCCCUUGGGACGAUGAUUCAAUGCUUUGAGUGGGAAAGAGUUGGAGAGGAGUUGGUAGACAUGACCGAGGGUUCUGGCCUUACCAUGCCAAAGGAGGUGCCAUUGCAGGCCUUCUAUCGACCUCGUGCUUUAACGAUGCAUCUCCUUUCUUAG